AUUACGAGUAGCCCGUUGAGCAGUAUUCAACUGGCAGGAAAAAUAUUCGUUCGUGAACAUUUUCGGAAACUCAACUCGGUUUUAAUGUACUCCAAGAAUAAGUCGAAACUGCUGCAGACACUGGAGGAGUGUGUUCCGCCGCUCAGCCACGAAGAUGCGGUUGAGAUGAUUGCCCAGAUGGUGCGUCAGCCCAUUAGCAAUCCAAUUGAAGCGGGCCUGCGUCUGGGCAAGAUCGAAAAAGAGCAGAGCAUCAUGCACCUGGAGAGUCAGAGGAAGCUACACGCAGCCAUGGAGAGCUUUGAUACCACGGCCCUGAACAGUGCGCUGCCAGUUAGCGAUAUGGAGCUGACUGAAUUGGCCGAAAUGAAUGCUGCCUUGGAUGAUGAUGACGACGACGACGACGAUGACGACGACGACGACGAUGAUGCUGACGACGAUGACGACGACGAUGACGAUGACGACGAUGACGACGAUGAUGAGGAUGAUGAGCUCGAUAAUGACGACGUCGAAGGCGUCGAUAACAAGCUUAAAGCCGAUCCUCUGACGCUAUUUAACUUACAAGAUCGCAUCCAAUGAGCUUGAUGUCAAAGAGAAAUUGUUGUUUAACUGAUGGCGGUAGUCGCUGAGUUAAUGUUAGAUGGUGUAUAGAGU